AUGUCAUCGACAACAACCCUCAGCAAUAUUCCUGCAGAUAUUCUCCACUACCACAUUCUGGAAUUCAUCCGCCGCCCCACCACCUUCAUGAAUCUCGGAGGUAUCAACAGUCAGCUUCGCCGAAACUGGCAGAACCUCAAAGAAGUGAUCCUCACCAUAGCUGAUAAGCGUACAGCCGUCCACGAUGCCAAGCUCAAAGAAAUUGAAGCCGAAAUCCAGGUUGACCCUUGUCCAAACCUGACCAAAGAUCUACAUUUCGCUGGGGUAGCUGUAAGUGAUAUCGAUUUCAGAACUUUGAGCUACGAUGACGCUGAUACACUGUUUGUACUCGCAGUUUUCUUUGAUUUUUUAAUGCUCUCCAAGGAUUACCCAUCAAGAGAAGAUAUUGAAGAGCUUUUGAAGAAAGAAAACGCAGUCACCAAGCUAUGGAAUGUCAACCCUAGGGCUGUCCAAAAAGACAUAUUGGCUGCGGUGGUAGCUUUGACUGCCAGACAAGAAUGGAGACAGGCUGAAGAAAGAUUUACCCAAGGACCUGAGUUUGAGAUUAUUAAAUGGAUCAAGCUAUUUGUAAGAUACUUAACGAGGAUGUUUGAAGUUGACGCCAGAAGAGAUAAGGAAGAUUUCCAUUGGAAAGCGCAGAGGGAUUUCAGAAGAAUGAUUAAGCAUAAGGAAAAGAUUUGGGCUGCUUAA